CGGAAGGUGGUGCAGUUUCGGGCAAAUAUCUAAUGGUAGCAGCCAUUGACUUUGGCACCUCUUAUUCUGGUUAUGCAUAUUCAACGCGGGAGGAUUUUGAAACAGAUCCAAACAAAAUAAUAGUUAAUAAUCCAUACAAUGCAGGAGCUAUUGGUUUGAUGUCUUUGAAAGAACCCACAUGUAUAUUAUUAGACGAAGAAAGAAAGUGUGUUGCAUUCGGAUAUGAUGCAGAAAAUCAGUUUGUCGAUCUUGCCAGCGACAACAAGCAGGACCGUUAUUACUUUUUUCAAAGAUUCAAAAUGAAGCUUCACGAGGGAUUUCUAUACGAAGAGCUAUUUGGAGAUUUGUUCGAGCUUUUAAACAGCAUGAUGGCUCUUUAUUCUUUAUUGAAUGGAUUGAUUAAUAGAGGUAGUAACACUCAGUAUCGGCAGAUAAUUUCUCCUUCUAUGACUGCCACUGAGAUUGGAGGAAAAGAAAUUCCAGCAAUAGACGUGUUUGCUUUAUCAAUUAAGGCAUUGAUGGAAAAAGUAAUUGAAGUAUGUAGAAGACAAGGAGCUGAUUUCAUCAAAAUCGAAGAUAUAAAAUGGGUAUUGACAGUGCCAGCAAUUUGGAGUGAGAAAGCGAAACGCUUCAUGAGGCAAAGCGCAGAAAAGGCAGGGAUUCCUGAGGAAAAUCUUUUGAUUGCAUUAGAACCAGAAUGUGCAUCCGUUUAUUGUCAGUAUUUAAAAACAGAACAUAUGGUCGGAGCAGAAGGAGGUUUUAAAGCAUCCUCACCAAACAGUAAAUACAUGGUUGUUGAUUUAGGAGGUGGAACAGCGGAUAUAGCGGUGCAUGAAAAAAUGGAAGGCCAUCAUCUUAAAGAGCUAUGCCGUGCAACCGGUGGAGCAUGUGGUGGAACGUCGGUGGAUGACGAGUUUUUGCUAUUUCUACAAGAAAUAUUUGAAAGUGAAGUAAUCAAGCAAUUUAAAAUCGAUGACCCUGAAUCAUUCUUGUUGCUCUUGAGAAGUUUUGAGUCAGCAAAGAGAAAAAUACAGCCAAAUACAACAAGGAAGGUUAGUAUUCACUUGCCAUAUGUUCCCUUGUCCAAACUUUGCGAGGAUUAUCACCAACAGAAAGUAGAAGAAGUCAUUAAUAGCUCCAGUUUACACCAUGUUGUCGUUUUUAAAAACGGACAUCUACGAAUAGACGCCGACUAUUUCAAAAGUUUUUUCAAUAAAACAUUGAAAAAGCUUGAAUCUGUGAUGCAAAAGGUUUUUGAGGAUACUCGUGUUCAAGGCGUAGAAAAUAUUAUUCUAGUUGGUGGUUUUGCUGAAUGUGAACUGGUUCAAAAGACAAUCAGAAGCUGCUUUCCUUCAAAACGUGUGAUAAUACCAUACGAAUGCGGAUUAGCUGUUUUGAAAGGAGCCGUAAUGUACGGACACAAACCGUCGUACAUUUCGGCACGAGUUAUUGCGUUUACUUAUGGUGUAUGUGUAGCUAAGCCUUAUGACAAAAGAAUUCAUGAUCGAAAUCAUCUUACAAUGAUCAAUGGGAAGGAAUACAGUAAAGGUCUUUUCCACAAAACAGUGGAACGGGAAACAGAUUUAGAGAUUGGCACAAAGAUAGUUUUGAAAUUUAUCACAUCUCAGCCUUUUCAAAAAUACAUCAAAAUUAAGUUAUAUAUGUCUAAAAGUAAGAGUCCAGUGUAUGUAGAUGAAGAAGAUUGUUCCUAUGUUGGUAGGUCAAUCUUGACGGUAAAUCAUCCAACAAGAGAAGCACAGCAUGUGUCCGUUAUCUUUACCUUUGGCGAUACAGAAAUCAAAUUAGAAAUGGCGAAAAAUGAUACUGGUGAUAAAUAUGAAGGUUCGCUCGACCUUCUAUCUGAAGACCAUUCCGAUGAACAGUUAGAGGGUGACAUUAUCCCAGAUAUUCUGCUAAUAGACAACUAAGUUUUCUUAUGCAUGAAAUAUUAAACAAACUGUAAAUAUGCUUAUUCAAGAGAAUUAAAUUCAGGAAAUAUAAACUUCGAACAAUGACAGAUCUAAAUGUAAUGGUGUAUUGUGGAUGAAUGCAGGUAAAGCGUUUUUGGACGAUCGUAGUAGAACGUCUUAAAUGAAGAUUGUUUUGCCUAAUUUAAAACUUCAUAUUUUCACAUUUGCAUAAAUAUUUCCAUCCACUUGAUUAGACGUGUUUACAAGAUGAUUAUCAACCGUCGUGGAAGUAAAUUAUACAGUUUGAACCGAAGGGAAAUGAUCAGUAAUCGAUCUAGAUCCAGUUACUUGUUACAUGAAUUUCAUUAAAUUAAUUCUUUUAUUCCCGUGUGUAUCACAAUGUCUUUCAUGAUAAUGUGUAUAUCCCUUAAAUAUGCAUGUAUUUUUCCUUAUACCAACACUUUUGAAAUUAAUAUUUUCAAAUGAAAUGUGUAUUUUUAUCAAUAUUAAUGCACAACAUUUCAGUAAGUCAUUUAUGCCCGCGUCACACUGUCCCGAUUUUCAUAUACGAUGGACACCCGAAUGCGAAAAUUAUACGUUCGUACGAAGUUGGUCCCGAUUUCGUUUAAAUACCAAAAAGUGCCCGAAGCAAGUACGAUGAAUAACGAAGUCUAUACAAUGGUGCUGAAAUUAUAUACGAUAGCAAAAGAUGGACGGACGAAGCUUAACCGAAGACGGAUAUUUAAGCUUCAUAACUGAUCCGAAGCCUACACGAUGGAUCACGAAGGCUACACGAUGGAUUACGAAGGCUACACGAUGGGUUAUAAUGAUGGCG